AUGCGUCUUCACCUGCUUCAGCUCCAAGUGCUUGUGCUCCAGCUCCUGCAGCUCCAAGCCUCGCAGUUCGGAGUCUCUUUUGGCGAUACUUCCGUCUCACAACUCGUUCGUCAUGUUGCCGCAAAGUUUUUCGAGAAUCCGCGAGUCGCCGAGGUUGAUCUUCCUUUCCUGAGUUCGAGUCUGAAAAUGCAGGAAAAGAUUAAAAAAAAGAUCUUCGAUAGGCCUUUUCGGUAAGGCUUUUCUGUGGUCGAAUGCAUCAGCUAGAUGCUUCUUAUCAUUUUUUUUGUUAAAAAAUCCCAUUUUUUCUGUGAAAAGUCAAUGUUUUAAAGCUACUUUUCGCUGUGUGGAUCGAGAACCUGUCCUCAAAUCGAUUGCGUCGCGGUUUAUAUGAUCCAAUGCCUCUUCUCUUUUUAAGCUGAAUCUGAUUCCCGUGAAAAACCUUCAAAAAAAAAAAAGCCGCCUCGAAAUUUUAUUGAUUCAAGUAGCCAAAGUUUUACCGCUUCUUCGAGCUGGGGAUUGUUUAGUUUUUCGUGAGACCGCGCAAGUUUUAGUGCGCUGGCGGCAGGAUGACCUUGUAGACUCGCAAGACGAAGAGACUCGGUCCACAAGAUAAACGUGAGAUUUGACCUCAAUAUCCUUUUUUUUAGAUCAAAGAGUUGCUAGCUCUGAGAACUAGAUUACUGCGUGAAAUUAGUCGGCUCCAUAAAAAACUGCAAAAAACCCUCUUUUAUUUUUCUGCGCAUAGUGAAUGCCACGAACCUCCGUCAGGAGAAACUUUUUGCAUACCAACUAUAAAAUUAACCCAUAGAUUUUCUAUACAGUCAUUGAACUCGCCAUGGGAAAAAAAACCCAGAGACAAAAAAAGGACAUAAGAGCUUGUUAAGUUACCUGUUGUUUUUCUUUAGAAACAAUAAUUUUCCGAGUUGAAAGGGUUGGUUUUCAGGUUUUGUUGAAAACGAGGGAUUCGCCGUCCUUCGGAAACAUCGCGCAGCUCGACCUUUUCAGUGUAGUGUCCUACCGUAACGUUUCGAUUCGAUUCCAUCCCAAUGCCGUUCAGAUCUUCUUUGAAAGGUUUUUUUUCUGGGAAGAUGUGCGCUGAUAUAACUCUUUCAGAUGAACAAAGCUGAUUUCAGCAUUUAGAUUAAAUUUUCUGUAUGCUUUUGUUAUUGCUGAAAUUACGUUUUAAGGUUACACGUGAAUUCUGCGGCGAAUUUGUCAGAAGUCUCGUGGCCGAUCAUAUUCUCUGAUAGCUAUGUCAACUCCCACAUCAAGGCAAUCUUUAUUUUUUCUUUGCUCCGAUUUAUUUCAUUCUUUAGAUCGACCACGGCUAUCUGAAGUUGAAGUUGGAAGAGAACAAAAUGUCCCUGGCCAAAUGUUCUUUGUAUUCCCCCUUGGUUGACCUCAACUUUCGGGACAGCUGGAUCAUCAACAAGGUUGCAUUUUGGAGACUCGUUUCUUACCUCACAAUGUUGGUCAAUGCUGAGUGUUCAGGGUAUUUCUGCGAUGAGCUCGGUUAUGUCUUCGCUUUUCGAAUCCUUCAUAUGUACCCUUCUUGACUCAUCCAUAUCGGAUUUGAAGCACAGCAGUGAAAGGUUAGAAACACUGAAGAUUGAAGAUCAGUUUAUAUUAUCAGUUUUAGGAAAUUCCCAGUUUACGACUAUCUGCCAAAAAAGGUGCAGGAUCACAUGGCAGCAAGGAACACCACUCUUUUCUAUAAGUACUCCAAAAAACCUCUUCCUUGUUAAUCCAUCUUUCAGGUUGGAGAAUAUUGAAGCGAGCGAGAAUCAAAUGUCUCUUCGAGCUCAAAUCGAGUGGCAGAAGCAGGUUGAGUGAAUUUUCAUCCUUAUUGAUUUCGUUUCCUUUGAAAAACGCGUUGUUCAGAUAAUUGAUGAUGAAGCUUCAAAGCUGUUAACAGCAGAAAGUAACUCUUCGCUUCUUGAGAUGCAGAUGACGCGAGAUGACGUGGUCACCGUCUGGCUUGAAGACGCCAUUCUCAACGAAAUCUUGGAUCAGGUGAACAUUUGCCUUUCUUUUUUUUUCUGAACUUUUAUUGAUAGAUUGACUGGAACUUCGAAUGGAUGAACGAGCAAAUUGCUGUGUCGAGCCCUAUAAUCCCACAAGACUCAAGGUACUUUUCCUGAGAGUGGCCAAUCAAAAAAAAAGUUUCGCUCUCCCGAUUAAUCGGCUGAACAGCAUGAAAAAUUUGAAACAAAUAUAAUUAAGAGAGUUCCUUUCUACUCUUUGCACUGAGUGCUACUUCCAAGUCAAUGUUAACGCCAAGGGAAGACCAUCGAUCGCAGCGACCAACGAAUCUCUCGUGCUCACCAAGUCAGUAUAGAGCUAUGAUCCUUCUCAUUCCGAUUUCAGAACUGAUCGGAUACACCUCCAAGUGGUGAACCCUGGCAAAAACACCACCUCGGUGUUUGUUUCUUUGAUCCUCACGAUUCAAGCUGAGUUGAGACCCACCUUUGACGACGGCACACUGAGGUUAUACUGUAGGACUGUUUCAUACAAAUCCUAUUUAUUCAGAACACAAGUGCAAUUGUUGGACACGGUAAUCGUCAUGGAGAAAGGAGCUUUUCCUAAAACAUGGGCUUUCUUCAUGGGCGAUCUUAUAAAAGGUGCGUCUUACGGCUCAGCUGCGAAAAAUUUGAGCUCUCAGGGAUGAUAAUGGACAUGCUUUGGCCAGAACUGAAAAGUACCAUCGAAGAACUCAGCUAUGGAAAAGGAGUCAAGCUGAGCAAGAACUGCGGAAUAGACCCUCAUAGCAUUCAGAUUGACAUUGGUCAGUUUGAGCUUUUCGUUGCUUCAAAGCGAGUUUAAUUACAGGGGAAGGGAGCUUUUCAAUAAGUACCAGACUUGUACUUCCCCUCUUCAAUUUCGACAAUUGUUUGGCUGAUCUGCGAAGCUCAGUACCGAGCAAUCUGAAAAUGUUUUCGCAGCAAAACUGA